AUGGAUUUCAUCAUCUGUAUAGCCGCUCUUGUAGCAGCUGCGAGCGCCAAUAACUUCGGCCAAAACAUCGCACAGAAUCGUCCCACCGGCUCCAGCAGUGUCUUCGUCAACGGUGUUCCUCCCCUCACCGCCAGCUCAAACCUCGCCGUCGACGGUAACUUCAACUCCAACUUCUUCUCCGGCUCAUGUUUCUCCAGCGAUGUUCCGGCGAAUGACCCCAACCCCUUCUGGUACGUGGACCUGGGGUCCCGCGUCUACGUGUCCGGCGUCACCCUCACCAACAGGGGCGACUGCUGCGCUGAUCGCCUGAGUGGUCUUACGAUCGAGGUCUUCGAGUUCAAUCCUACGACUAGUUCCGAGACUCCCGAGUUUUGUUCCAUGGUCAUUGGUGGAGUGGCCCUUGGUCAAACCGUCGCACUCUCCUGUUCUCCUAUGGUGACUGGACGCUAUGUCCGUAUCCGAAAACCCGCCGCCACUGACCCUCUCACCAUCUGCGAGGUCGUUGUAACCGGAGGCAAGUUCAAGCCGACAUUCACUGGCGUCAACCCCACUAACGUCGCCCUGAAUCGUCCAGCACGUGCUACCUCUCAGUUUACUUUCGCUGCCACCAACCUGAUUGCCUCCCCUGGCCUCGCUGUAGACGGCAACUUUGACAGCCAGUUUGUCACCGGAAGAAGCUGUUUCUCCAGCAUCAUUGGUGAUCUAACUCCCACCCUGUACAUCGACCUUGGUGCCUACUACUACAUCAGCUCCGUCACCGUCACCAACAGGGGUGACUGUUGUGCUGAGCGUCUCCGCAACAUCGACGUUGGAAUCCUUAUUAAGGACCCCUUCAAGUACCUAGAGUUCCCCCACCUCUGCGGCACCAUCACUGGCAACGUCGCUGGAGGGGCUAACUUCACCGUCAACUGCUUCUACCCAGCCCUCGGCCGCUUCAUCAAGAUCCAAAAGACUAGCAUGGUCGACAGCAACGACCUCCUAACUCUCUGCGAAGUCCAGGUCAGUGGGAGGUUCGCAUCCCACAGCGAGGUCACCAACAAGUUCGUGGACGAUGACGUUAGCCGUGCCAUGAUUGCAAACAACGAAGUUCCGAACAAUGUAGAAAACGAUGACGUUGAUGCAGCCUUUGAAUUUGAUUUUAACAAGGACUGGCAAAACCUUGGGUGA